UUUUUUCUCAACGUUGGAAACAGGUCACUGUUGUCAGUAGGUCUACCUCUUCGCUAUCAGUGACAUCGAUCGACCGCAUAGUGUCUAAUUUUCACAACGACAAAAGCUAUCUUGUCGCUCAGCUGUACUUAAGAAGAAUGAAUUACGUACGUUUUUUGACGGCUGUCAGCCGAGCAAGGAGCAGUGAGUUCUUGAGCCACUUGGUUGACAUCCAGCAGCGAGCAGUUCCAGGGUCGCUGAUCGCCCUGUCCACAGGCAUGCCCAACACCUCCUGCUUCCCACUGUCUUCUGCACACCUCUACACCAGGAAGGGGAAGAAGCUAGACUUGUCUCCAGUCUGGAUGAACCAGGGUCUGCAGUACACCUCCUCACAAGGGCAUCCAGAGAUGGUAGAAUGGGGGAAGGAGCUUCAGAGGAGAAAACACAACCCUCCCACCGACUACCUGAGCCACGAGGGAAAGAUGGACUUGUGUGUAACAGCUGGCAGCCAGGAGGCCAUGUGCAAGACUAUGGAGAUGUUGGUGACUACUGGUGACAAUGUCCUGAUUGAAACUCCUGCUUAUCCCGGAAUACUGUCUAUUGCAAAACCGAUGGGCUGCAACAUCCUUGAGGUGGAGACAGACGAGCAUGGGCCAAAGAUAAGUUCCCUGCGAAGGAUCCUGUCCAACUGGAACCCUGCAGACAGUUCCAAUAUGUGUUCAGACAUCCCCCGUGUGUUCUACACCACCUCGUCAGGAUCUAACCCCACGGGCGUCACCACGUCAGUGGAACGGAAACAGCAAGUGUAUCAGAUAGCGAGCGAGUAUGACUUCCUUAUCCUGGAGGAUGACCCGUACUACUACAUCCAGUUCACAGAGACUCCUGUGCCCAGCUACCUGUCUAUGGACGUUGACGGACGAGUCAUCAGAUUUGACUCUUUCUCCAAGAUUCUAUCUGCUGGGAUGCGUAUCGGGUUUGCCACCGGUCCCCAGCCCCUGAUAGAGAGGCUGGUGUACCACAUGCAGGUCUGCACCCAGCAUGCAAACACACUCUCCCAGAUGAUCUGCCUGCUGAUUCUACAGGAUUGGGGACAGGAGGGAUUUGAUGCUCACACGGAGCGUGUAACAGAGUUCUACCGCAAGCGGAGAGACAUUAUCCUGGAGUCAUGUGACACUUGGUUAAAAGACUAUGCAGAGUGGACUGUCCCAGACAGUGGUAUGUUCCUGUGGAUGAAGCUCCUGGGAGUCCAGGAUACCGCUGACCUGGUCAUGCAGAAAGCUCUGGAUGCAGGUGUGCUGUUUGCUCCUGGCAAAGCGUUUACCGCCAAUGAGGCACCCAGCUCCUACAUAAGGGCAUCAUACUCACAGGCUCCUGAACAGGACAUUGAUAAGGGUAUCCAGAGGCUGGCUGCACUGUUGAAGGAAGAGCUAAAGCUGACUGCGUCUGUGUGAUGCCAAACAGCCGAACUGCAAACUUGGUCGGGUUAAUCUGAAUGUCAGAGGGGCAGUCUGUAAAUGUUAAACUGGGACAGCUACAGAUGUUGUUUUAAACUGGGACACCUAUGUUCUAAAGCCCCUACGUUUCGACAUAGGGUUAUUGUUGUUGGAACAUACAUGUAGGGGUGUCCGUAUAUAGGGGUGUAACCUAUUAAAUCAUGUCUUACUUCUUUGAGUUUUGUUCACAAUAGUAUUUCACAUAGGAUGAUGUUAUUGUUAGUGAUAUGAAAGCAAACCGUAAUCAUGGAAGCUUCUAGAAGAGAAACAAAUUUUUUUAAACUGUACAUGAUGUAAAAACACUUUCAGUGUUACUAAUCAUGACCAGUACCUGUAUAUAUUGA